GGUCUUUGUUUUUAGAAUAUUAUAUGUUGUAUUGAACAUUAUUGUACGUUUUGUUAUAUUUCUUAUAUUUUAGUACAGUUUUCUUCGUUUUGAUAUAUUUUACCUUGUGGAAAGUGAUUCACAAGAAAAUCCAAAAUGCCACUGAUAGACAUAACGAAACCCGAGGUUAUUAAAUUCCUUAUAGAAUCAUAUGAAAAGACAGAUAGGCUGCGGAUGAGAUGGAAUAAUCUUUUUCAACAAAAAUUACAACAGACUUCCGAGUUCCGUACCGAUCCUAAAGGUUACUUCGAAAUUGACGUGUUGGAAAAAGAAAUGAUUGCUGGUAUGCUAGCUACUACAAGAGAUCACAUAUCUUCCAAACGGAACAGGAGACUAAAGCUAAAGACUGAUGUUGAUCAAGUGCUUGGUAUUUCGUAUUUGAAAAAAGGACACACUAUUCCUGAAGUCGGUCUCGGCGAUCCAAAAGAUGAUCCAAGGUUGGAACGCCCUGAUGAUGAUUUCUCCGAAGAUCCUAUUAUGCGACCAGUUGAUCCUGAACAAAAUGCGAUACUUCACAAAGGCAUACCCGAGUUUGGCCGGGAACGUUACUUGAAGGUUAGAAGUAAGGCGGAUCCGGAAAAAAAAUACUAUUUCCCUGAGUGUGAUUCGUGGCAGUAUGGAUGGAGACUGACGGAUAGCUACUUUGGCAAACAACAACCCAUGUAUGGACGCUGCUUUCGGCUCACUCGCGAUACAAUGAGUAAUAGUGGUCCUCAACCUGACCCAGAUCAUUACAACGUGCCAAUGUAAAGGACCACAGAAUUGCAUAUAAACAUAUUUUAGAUGUCAACUGUUGAAAGAUAAGAGGAGGCUUAGCAACAUUUAGGUUGAACAUUAUUUGAUGAUUGCUUAGAGCAAGCAAGCUCUUGUACUUUUCAACCAUCAAAUUUUUUUACAUUCUGGUACUUUC